UUUUAAUCAGAACAAUCAAGAAUUUUCAUUAUGUUACAUAUUCAUUGUAUUGGUUUAACUUUAUUAACUGUGAUUUUAUGGCAAAGUAAUGGGAUUCAUGCCAAACCAUCUUUGGAUAUAGAUGCUAACGACAUACAAUGUGAUAUAUGUAUGGGUGCAGUAUCUCUUGGAAAGCUAUUUCUUGUGUCACCAAUCAUGGAUAGUAUAAAGAAAAUGCUUGUAGAAAAACUAUGCACAUUACCCGGGAUUAUGACAAGAAGAUGUAUGAAUUGGGGAUAUCAUCAAAUAGAUGAAGUAGUCGUUCAUUUUUUAAAACAAAAAUCAUCGAAACCAUGUAAGUAUUUUUUACUGUGUUCAACGAAUACUUCUCAAAGAAUAACGGGUUAAGUACAUAGGAACAAAUUCCAAUCCAAUCAUUUUCAGUAAAUACCUUGAUAUUAAGAAGAAAACUUUUUAUUACAAAAUUAGUUUAUUAACUGUUAUGCGUUAAUACAAAUAUGUGGAAUUUUUCAUCGAAUAUUAAUGUAGAUGAUUAAACGUCCAUAUAGCACAAAAACAAG